UCCUCUUCUUGUUUUUUUGUUUAUGUUGGUGUUGUUUAUCCCUAGGAAAUUCCAGGAAAACAGGGUCUUGAAAAACUUGUAAAAAAAAAAAGGGCUUAGAUUAGACACCCAAAUAGGAAAAAAUAAGUUCUUUUUCUUUUAUCUCAUUCUAUCUGUUAAAAUUCCAGAAAAAUUGGUUCUUGAAAAACUCUCUGUGUUUCCACUUUCAUUGGUCUCUGUCUAAAGAAAGAAAACUUUGAAAUAAGUUUUUUCCCUUGUUUUAUCCCAUUUUAUCUGUUAAAAUUCACACACAACACACACACAGAGAUUGGCAGAAACAAGAUUCAGAAAUCAGCAUGCAUUUUGUGGUGUGAUUUUUGUUGUUUCAAGAACAGAUUUUUAUCUCACUUUUCUUGAAGAUCAGCUCUUUUGCAAUUGUGGGUUUUGGCUCGAUUAGCAUAUCAAGAAAUUGGUGUUUAUUCAAGGAACUCGUUGAGGCUACUCUAAAAGAAAUUAGGGAAGAAUAAAUUUGCAGUCUUUCCUGAGGGUUUGAAAAUAACAUGAGGAAAGUUCUGCAGUCGUUGAGGCAAAUCAAAUCCGCUCUGCGGUACAGAAAGGAUAAUGUGAUUAAUAGUUUUGUAAGAAGACAAUAUUUUUCGACUGAUAUAAGUCGUGGCUGUUUAUGCAAACUGUCCUAUAAUGGUGGUAUUACUAGACAUAGCCAACCAUAUUACAUGUUGUCCAGAGCCAUGUUUGCCGAUGUAGCUACAGUUAGUAAUGGAGUGGACACCAGAGGCGGGCCUCUAGUGGAAUAUGAACGAAGAAUUGCUGAGGGUGAGCUCUUGGAUGGAGAUGCUUGCCAGGUAGGCACAUUGCAAGAGCUCCAAAGACUUUAUGAUCAGCUCAUUGAAAAAGCUGAAGACUGCCGGUUAGACAAAUAUGCCUCUUCCGAUAAAGCCGGCAGGAGUAGAUGGUUAUGGUCUCGUCUCUUACCACAGUCGUCAUAUGCCCCUGUCAAAGGAUUAUAUCUUUAUGGGGGAGUUGGGACAGGAAAAACUAUGUUAAUGGACCUUUUUUUCAACCAGUUGCCUGGCAGUUGGAGGAAAAAGAGAAUUCAUUUCCACGACUUCAUGCUGAAUGUUCACAGCCGAUUACAGAAGCACAAGGGUGUGGCAGAUCCUCUAGAAGUUGUGGCAGGAGAGAUAUCUGACGAGGCCAUUUUGUUGUGUCUUGAUGAAUUCAUGGUGACUGAUGUGGCCGAUGCACUGAUACUGAAUCGCUUAUUUAAGCAGUUAUUUACCAACGGUGCAAUUCUUGUUGCUACGUCAAACCGUGCUCCAGAUAACCUUUAUGAACGUGGACUGCAGAGGGAUCUUUUCCUUCCGUUUAUAGCUACUUUAAAGGAAAGAUGUGUGGUACGUGAAAUUGGCUCAGCAGUGGAUUACAGAAAGUUGACUUCGGCCGAACAAGGCUUCUACUUUAUCGGAAAAGAUCUAUCAAGCGUCAUUAAAAAGCAAUUCCAAAUGCUAGUAGGGGAUGCUCAACCGGUUCCGCAAGAGGUGGAAGUUGUCAUGGGAAGGAAAUUACAGGUUCCAGUGGGUGCAAAUGGAUGUGCAUUAUUUUCAUUUGAGGAUCUCUGCGACAGGCCUCUUGGCGCAGCAGACUAUUUUGGACUAUUUAAAAAAUUUCAUACUCUGGCUCUGGAAGGCAUACCGAUUUUUGGGCUUCAUAAUAAAACUGCAGCAUACCGUUUUGUGACGUUGGUUGAUGUAAUGUAUGAAAAUAGAGCUAGACUUUUAUGCACAGCUGAGGGAUCUCCUGUCGAACUUUUUGAAAGGAUCGUGACAAUAUCUGAUGCCCAACAUGUGGCACCUAGAACAUCUUCAAGGUCAAGGAAGAACGAUGAUUUUGACCUUUGUGUGGACAAUGAGUUGGGUUUUGCAAAAGAUCGCACCAUUAGUAGGUUGACAGAGAUGAACAGCAGAGAGUACUUAGAACAACAUGCUGAAAUGUUAGCCAAGAAGCAGCAACUUCCAUAGGAAAAUCGCGCCCAGAAGGCAAUAGAGGUGUAAUUGAUAGGAAUUCCAUAAAUUUUCCCUACUCAAGGGAUCAAUUCUUGCCUGUAAAAUUGUGCAAUAGCAUCAUUUAAAAAAAAAAGUGAGGUUGAUUAAAGUUUUGGCUGGAAAUGAGAUUCAGAAGUGUGAUAUAUGGUAGUUUAUUGUUUAGUUGAGAAAUAAUGUGAUUGUUUGUAAUUACUGAGCUGAUUAUGCCAACAUCUUCAAUAAGAAUGGCAUUUUAUGUGCAUUUCUGCUAUUAGAAAUGUUGGUGUA